AUGCCUCAGUCCACCCUUCAUGAGCAGUAUAAGAGAGCUUAUCUGCUUCAUGCAAUGACUCGUAAUUUUGCUUACCUGGCUACAUCAGGCAUCAUGGAUUCGGACUCAGACUCUUCAGAACUGGACAGUGACUCAGAUUUGUCUCAGGUUUCAGAUGGCAACAAGUAUGAUGAGGUCCUUUAUGAGAUGCAGCACUACCUCCAGUUUGACCUUGCAGUCCUUCAGAAGAUUCAGGACACUCGUUACCUUCGCCCUCAUGAGCCCAUUGUCAAAUGUGGUCAACUACAUCUUCUUGCUGAUUAUGCACUUGAUCCAAAUCAUCAGGAGUAUGCACGCUUUCUUAAUCUAGUCCAUGUUCCGCCACGGGUGUUUGGGGCUCUUCUAGACCUGAUAGAAGACCAUCCAGUUUUCCGAAACAACUCAAAUAAUCCCCAAACUCCUGUUGAUGUACAACUCGCAGUAACACUCUAUCGAAUGGGACGGUAUGGUAAUGGAGCUCAGGUGGUUGACAUUGCUAGAUUUGCUGGGGUUUCUGAGGGAUCAGUCGAGCUUUUCACUACCCACUGUUUUGAGGCAAUCGAGAGCUUGUUGCCCGUUUUUGUUCGACCAUUGACAAAGGAUGAAAAAGAGGUUGAGAAGAAGUGGAUUGAUGAGCGUGUUGGGUUUGAAGGAUUAUGGCGAGAGGGAUAUCUGAUGUAUGAUGGAACAAUUGUCCCCCUCUAUGCGAAACCCGGCCUUGAUGGUGCGACCUACUACACCCGGAAGUGCAAUUAUGGACUUAAUGCUCAGAUUGGAAAUGCACCAUCAACACUACGGAUUGUUGAUUUUUCCCAUGGACUGACUGGAUCUGCACAUGAUGUUUCUGCAUUCGAAUAUACCUGUGCAUACAAGUAUCCAGGUUUUCUUUUUGAGGGAGACGAGUUUGGUUGGGGAGAUUCAGCCUAUCCAGUGACCGAGCAUAUAUUUCUAUUCAUAAGCGUCCUGCAGCUGACCAUCCCAAAAACCGAGUUUUUGACAAAAUGCUCUCAAACCUCUGAGUCCGUUCUGAACAUUGCAUUGGUCGACAUCAACAACAAGGAACAGCAUGUAAAAGCCUGUUGGUGGAUCACAAUUGCCAUCAUUCUACACAAUGCAGUCAUUAAUAUUGAAGGGGCAAGGAGUGGAGAAUACUUUGGUUCAGUGUCUGGAGGAACUGGAACAGGAGAAGAGGAAAUAGAACCUGAAACAGCUGAUGAUGGAGAUGAAAUUGGGGAAGCAAAGCGAAAGAGACUGGUGUUUGAGGCUAAUGAAGCCAAGAGGUUGAGAUCAGAUAAUAUGUAA